UCUUCCUGCUCUGCAAACCAAACCAAACCAAACCAACGCGGCACAACACAAGUGGCGGUGCAAUGCAAUGCUGCAUCUCUAUAAAACGCGGCCACGGCCUCCAAACCGAGACCAGGAGACCACGAAACUCCAACGGGAAACACGGUGCUAGGCUCGUGAAAAACAGCUCUUUUUGCCAAGAUGAGCGUGGAGAUCCUUGACGGGAGGACGGUGCAGAGCUUCGUGGAGGACGAGCGCGCGUUCAACUCGUCCGUGGACGCCCGGUUCGCGGCGCUGGACGCGGACCGCGACGGCCGGCUCUCGUACGCCGAGAUGGCCGGGGAGCUCAUGAGCCUCCGCGUGCGCGAGGCGCACUUCGGCGACGACGAGCCCGCCGCGGCGGGCGAGCUCGCGGAGCUGUACGGGGCGCUGUUCGCGCGGUUCGACCGCGACGGCGACGGCGCGGUGGACCGGGAGGAGUUCCGCGCCGAGAUGAGGGAGGUCAUGCUCGCCGUCGCCAGCGGGCUCGGCGUGCUACCCGUGCAGAUGGUCGUCGAGGAAGGCAGCCUCCUCAGGUGGGCCGUCGACAGGGAGCUGGGCGGAGCAACUUGAACUGACCAGCUCAGCUCAUGGUCACGCCGUUUCAGUGUCGAUGAGAGUUUCCGCUGUGUUCCGAGUUCUUGAGAGUUUCCGCUGUGUUCCGAGUUCGUAUCAGACUAAUAUUCGUACUUGCAAAAGUAUUUGGAGUGUGCACUUAUUUAUGCACUAAGCGUGUGUAGCAGAGACGGAGCUUCCUUGUGGCCAAGGGGCCAUAGGCCCUCAACAUUUGUGCAAAUAUUUAUGUACUUAGUAAUAUUUUAAACAAUUUUAAUGAUGAAGCUUUAAAUUCGUCAUGUUUAUAUUGUCUAA